AUGCCGCCACCAGCGUCAAGCACUCUUACCCAGCCAGUGCUUCAAGUCCCAGUGAUGAUUGAGGGUCCCAGGGACAGCCUCAAGGACAGCCUCAAAGACAAGCAAUCAGCAACACAGUCAUCCCUAGCUCUAAGGAUGACUCGCGACUCGAGCCAAUUCAUCGUCGCCCCAUCCCUAGUCGUCCCAGUCAGCCCACAGAACACAAUCGACAACGCCCUGUCCAACUUUCUCCACAAGUUCCGCCUGCUUAUCAACUACACAGCCAGCACCAGCCGCGUCUUUGAGCGCAAGGCAAGCUUCCUCCGCAGCAACCUUGUGAGCAUCGACAUCAAACACCCCAGAGCCAAAGCCCUCCUCCAAAUUGAGGACCUGUGGGACGUCCCUGCUGCAGACGCGGCUAUUGUCAAGCCACUCAAGGCAGAGCAGGGCAUCCCAGGCCUUCACAUUGCCCGCCAACGCUUCUACCAGGACCCCAAGAACAAAAAGUCGUACCUGCUAGCCAGACCCUUCGAACAGCUCGGCGACCGCAUCAUACACAGCGCGUGGAAGAUCCAGAACGUGGUGUACAAAAUAUCGAUUCCCAGAAAACUGUCCAACCUCUCCAACAAGGUCAACGACAAUCUCCUCCUCCCCUCCUCCCCAGACCCGCGCCUCGACGCCAGCAUAGAGCUCAUCCAGUCGAUGAUCGCGACGCACACCCUAGUCGCGCGAUGCACCGCCAAGGUCAAGCGAUCACUAGACAUAGCCGAAGCCGCGGUCGACACCUUCCUUAGCCGCAUAGAGCAGGGACUCCACCGUGCCGUGGCAACGAUAGUCUCGCGCCACUGCCCCGCCUUGGAUCAGCAGCCCAAGCUCCAGGAGAGGAUCUGCAGCAUCACGCGAGGCCUGCUGCGCAAGGCAGAGGACCUGCUGCUCAGGCAUGGCAGCAGGUAUGUGGACCUGGGAGAGCAACCGCCCGGGGCAACUGCAUCGGCGUUUCCUUCGUCGUCAGCCGCCGUUGAAGGUAGGCAGGGCUUUCUGUCCUGGCUGUUCGGCACCAAGCAGGGACGCCGUGAGGAUGGCCAGGCCAACAGGGGCAACACCACGCCCUUCUACCUCGACCAGCACUCGUGCAGCCACCUCCACGAAUCAUCCUUCAACCCGCCGCGCAACCUACGCUGGGACUACCGAGAACCCAAGUCCUCAGGCCCAGUCCCACUCGCACCCCUGAUCCUGAUCAGGCCGGUAUACUCCCCCUUCCCAGACGACGACCCCAGAUCCCACCACCACCCCUUCCCCUUCUCCCACCCCGCCCUCCUAAACACCCACUGCACAAACCUCAUCCUCCCAACCCUAACCUCCCCCUCCGCCGCCGCCACACACCACCCCCCCUGCAACGUCGCAGCAGCCCUACACACCCACCGCAAAGCCCUCUCCUCCAUAGCCCUCUCCAUCGCCCAGGCCUGCCUAACCAGCCGGCGGAUCAACCACCUGCGCGCAUACGGCAACGAGAUGCGCGCGCAGGCGGACAGGAUGGGAUACACUCUAGCGCGCGUCGUUGCUAGGUAG